GCAAACGCAAUCUAACAGCGAGCCUUACCUCAAAAAAGGUGGUCUCAGCGAGCCGUGCCUGAUCCGUUGGCUCAAAAUUCCACCAUGAAGACUGGACUGGCGCAUGGAGUCCGCUUGGUUGGGUCUAAACUCCGUCGGGUUUUGAUAGCUGAGAGAGAGCCCGAGAGGGGAUCGUCUCACCGUCACGGGGGCUUUCUUCGUUAGCGCUUCGUUCGUUAAUGUUACGGUCGCCUUGGGCGCUCCGCACCGAUUUGACGCCCCUCUUAGUCCUCUCUCGCCCCAGAUACUCCCGCAGCAGGAUACUAUUACACACCAUCUGUUCGAUGGAAUGCCGAUAAGACGAAGCAUUGCUCCUCCAUUCGAACCACGAAGUUAGCAAAAUAGGGGAAGAGAUAUAGUUUCCGAUAAUCCGGAAAAAGCAAUUCAAAUCUAAAGACAGCACCUUUCACCUGAACUCGAUAAAAUGUGGACCACGGCGUGCCGGAGAGGUCCCAAGUGCGCAUCCUAUUUCCUCCAGAGAGCAAACUUCGUACCGAGCACGCCUGUAGUACAUGCAUGUAGGCCUUCGUUGGAACUCUUGCGAUUCUACGCGACAAAUUUCCUUCUCGAAGAAGCUGAAGAUGCUGGCGAGAGCAUGAGCCAAUUGCAGAAAAGGAGCACUCCCCCGAUAUCACUUGCCAAGAGCUUAGCUUGCCUCCCUGACGAAUCCUCCACUCCUGAGAAGCGAAGGCCCCUGACACGAAUGGAGCUCAAGAGAUUGAUUGAACUUCGCGUCAAGAGAAGGGUGAAGGCACAGUACUUGAAUGGGAAAUUUUAUGAUCUUAUGGGUAGUGUUGUCGCCGCUGCCGACACUCUUCAAGACUCAUAUGAUAUCAUUCGGCUCAACUCAAAUGUUGACUUGGCAUCAAAGAUAGAUGAUAUUUGUUUCAAGUCCUUGGCAGAGGAGCUUGCAAGCGGCAAUUUUGAUGUCGAGGCAAAUACUUUGAUGAUGGUUGCAAAGGGUAGAAGCAAGGAGUGCUUAGUCCUUCCUAAAUUAAAGCUGAAAGUUAUUCAAGAAGCAGUUAGAGUAGUACUCGAGGUUGUCUACAGGCCUCACUUCUCUAAGAUUUCUCAUGGUUGUAGAAGUGGAAGAGGGCACAGAUCAGCCCUGAGAUAUGUAUGCCAAGAGAUUGGUAAACCAGAUUGGUGGUUUACAAUAUCUAUGAAUAAAGAGGCUGAUGGUAAUAUUCUGUCCAAGCUUAUUUCAGAAAUGGAAGAAAAGAUCGAGGAUGCUCGGUUGUUUAAUUUUAUCCAUCGCAUGUUUGAUGCCCAAGUUCUCAACUUGGUAUUCGGAGGCUUUCCAAAGGGCCAUGGUCUUCCUCAGGAAGGAGUACUCUCCCCAAUUCUGAUGAACAUAUAUCUUGACAUCUUCGACCGUGAAGUGUUCAGGAUAUGCAUGAGAUAUGAAGGCAUCAGUUCAGAUUCUGCUGAUGUGAAAAAUGGCCAGCGCUCGAAACUGCGCUGUUGGUUCCGAAGACAGAUGAAAGAUUGUGAUGAUAAGAAUGUCAACCAGUCAACAGAUGCUGUGGAAACAAGACUACAUGCUUGCAGAUACAUGGAUGAGAUACUUAUUGCAGUUUCUGGUUCCAAAGAUGUUGCGCUCAGCAUAAAGGACGAAAUCAUAAUUUGCUUGAGGAACUCAUUAUAUUUGGAUGUGGAAGAUCAUGCGGAUCUGUUUGCAGUUAGAAAGAAUUCUCGUGGGUUGCAGUUCCUUGGAAUGGCUGUUCGGCUGGCUGCCAAAGAAACUGCUGCAUUGAGAGCUGUAAACAAGUUGAAGGACAAGAUCCGGCUAUUUGCUCAUCAAAAGCAAGAAAUUUGGGAUGCUAUGACACUUAGAAUAGGGAAGAAGUGGCUGGCAUAUGGCUUGAGACGGAUCAAAGAAUCAGAGAUCAAGUCACUAGGGCUUAGCACUCCAUUGUUGGAUCAAAUUUCACAGUUCCGUAAAGAGGGCAUGAAAACAGAUCACUGGUUCAAGGACAUGCUUAAGAUAUGGAUGCAAGACAUGAAUGCUAAAGUUGAAGCUAACGAGGAGAUAAUCCUUUCCAAAUACAUUGCUGAACCAGCACUGCCAGAAGAUCUGAGAGAUUCAUUCUACAAAUUCCACAAGCAGGCCAUGGAAUAUGUUUCAUCAGAGACAGCUGCCACCCUUGCACUGUUGCAAAGCUCCACCACCAAUACAGAAUCUAUCCCUAGUACUGAAACUACAGUUAUGAGGAUUGAGGCACCUAUUAACUUUAUAAAGAGAAACCUCCAUCGAUAUGGCUUGAUAAAUGUUGAAGGAUUUCCACGUCAUGUCUCCACCCUUGUCUUACAAGAUGAUGCUCUGAUCAUAAAUUGGUUUUCAGGGCUAGUUCGCCGGUGGCUAAAAUGGUAUUCUGAGUUUGACAACUUUGGAGACAUUAAGCACCUGAUAGUUGAAUGUGUCAGAAAAUCAUGCAUUCGAACUCUAGCGGCCAAGUAUAGGAUGCAUGAAGUUUUAAUCGAGAAGCGGUUUGAGUUGGAGCAGAGUGGUAUUCCUCUGACAGAAGACUUAGAAACUGAAAUGAUGACAUCAGACUCUCCCAUUUCUGAUGAUGAUGAGGCUUUGAUGUAUGGAAUCUCAUCUAGUGGCUUGUGUAUUCUGUCUCUAUCAAGGGUUAAAGUCCCAACGCGGAUAUUUAAUUGCUUUGUAAUGGGAUGCACCAUUGCAUCUCCAAGUAUGUACGCACUUCAUGUGAAGGAGAAGCAAAGGUUUCCUGGAUGGAAGACAGGAUUCUCAACAUCAAUUCAUUCCAGCUUGAACAGAAGACGUAUUGGCUUAUGCAGCCAGCAUGUUAAGGAUUUGUAUAUGGGACAUAUAUCUCUUCAAUCUAUAGAAUUUGGUGCUCUGAGCACAUGAUUUUCCAUGCGAUGUUGAUGGUUUGAGCAUAGAGGCUUAAGAUCAAGGUCUGCUGAACUGGGCUGAACUGCCCGGUUUAGGCAGUACCGAACCAACCCGGUGAAAAACCGAGUCGGUUUGCUAUUUAAAAUUGGUUCCAGCCCGUCUCACCGGGUCGGUUCGCUAUUUAAAAUCGGUUCCAGCCCCUACAGGCCGGAACUAGUCCUUUUCGGGCUGGUACUGGCCAGUUCGAUGCCGACUCGAUGCGAACCGGUCAGUUCGCACCGAGUCAAGCCACACUGUAGCAAUAAUGUAGCUCGGAGCAUCUCAUGGGUCAGAUUUUGUUGCCGGUAUAUCCGGAUGGAUCUCUCCAUAGUCGUAUUAUUAGCCAAAGGACACCUCUUAAAGCCAAAGGACACCUCUUAAAGCCAGAGAUUCAGAGAUUUUGUUGCCGGUAUAUCCGGAUGGAUCCGAGAGUGCUUAUAACUCGGCGCACGUUUCUUAUGGGAUGAACGUAUAAGACUACAAUACCGCUUGGUUAGAGGGAUGGGUUGUUGUGCCUCCUGACUAUGCUUAUGAUCUGGAUAUCUACGAGCUCCAACGCCACUCGACUCGAUUUUAGAUAUUGGUAUGUAUGUUGUACUUUAAAUGUAUAUAAGUAAUUAUAUUAUGUUAUAUUUUUUACGUCACUACUUGAAUUGAGGCUAUUUUAUGUUGUUUUUUGAAGCAUGCAAUAUUUUACUAAUUAUUUUAUGAUUUGUAUAAUUUUAAAACAAUAAAAUGUAUCAUUAGGUUAAUCCAGGAUCAUAGAAAUAUCAAAAAAUAUCAAAAAAAAUCAAAAAAUAUCAAAUUACAUUUAAAAUUAUUGAAAAACUUCAAAAAAAAAGUAAUUACCAAUUAAAUAUUCUUAAAAAGAAAAAAAUGGGUGUGCCGAUACGGAACCGGCACGCUAUAGCUGUUACGGUACCAAACCGGAUCGACUGCCGACUGGUACGGAUUCCGGUACCGGUUUGGCGACCUUUGCUUGAGAUAUUUUGCUGCCUCAUUGCAUGUUUUGCAAUGAUCAAGGUGCUCUCACAGAGUUCAGUUUAAAUCGGUUGACUGAUAGGUUCCUCCAACAUUGCUCAAGCUAGUGGCUUGAUGAUGCAAAUUCAACAUUUUCGCUGUUCUGCCAAGAUUUGCAAGUGCCAUCAUCUCAUACCAUCUUGCCAAAGUGUUUGCUGAUUGCACUAUGUUAUUGCCUUUGUAAUGCGCUUUGCCUCCAAAUUUGGGCCAGGUCAUGGAUGAAGUUUUCACAUAUGCUUAGCUCAGCUGUCUGAGAUGCUGAGGGCAAACACCCUUUUUCUGCAAAUGAUGACCUGAUGAUAACAUUGAGAUACAAGUCUGUAGAAGUUGGCAGAAUGCAGGGCUUCGUGUCAUAACGAGCAGUUGUCAGAAUUUGUUUUGAGCAAAAUUUUGUUGGUCCAGAUAGCUUUUCUGAGGCCACAAACAGACUUAAUCUAAUAUGGAGGGGAGGUCAGGAAUAUCAACAUGAGACAUAUAGAACUUAUGUUUAUUCUUUCUCCGAGUAAAGACAAAAGAAAAAUGUUUCUUAGACUGUGGAAUCAAACACAUGAAUGAUAAAUUAAAACUCAAAACUGAGUUAUCAGCUUAUAAGCCGCAGCAUUAGACUGAAUGCAGAUAGGUUCGAUAUUUGUUUAAUCAAUGUCAUCAUGUCAUCUUUCUCUGUCAGCUGCACCAGAAUAUGCUUUGUUAACACUACACAAUUUAUGUCCUGUAAAUAUAAUGUAAGACAUCAAUACCAUUGUCUGCAACAAUGAAAAAGUCUCAAUUGCAUACAGAAAAAUUGUGAUGAUUCAUGAUGACAUUUAGGUAGUACAACUGACCAAUCCAAUAUUUGAGAAAUACAGUGGAAUUGCCAUGUCACUAGUCAAACUCAGGACCUCUCCUCGGCAGAGUGGGGUGCUAGGUUGCUAAGUUCGGUAAGUUUGUUUAAUUAGACCUGUAUCUGCACUGCAUUGUUGUUCUUGCUCUUGUUGUUGUUUUGUGUGUAGCUAAUUCUACUGAAAAAACACUAAAUGCAUUUAAAUCUCUAUAUGGCUUCACACAAAGAAAAAAACUGAAAACUAAAACAGCCGAUACAAUUUAGAUCUCUCUGUAACUAAAUGCACAAAAACAUACAGUUUUGCUUUCUGAAUCACUGUAUGUGUUCAACAGUUGAAAUUACCAAACCCUGGCCUUAUUUAAAAUCGACACCAUCGCCAAAUCUUUGUUAACCCAGCGAUGGAAACCUGUAAGCUCCAAUGGGUAAGUGCUGUUGAUUAUGAAGCAAUAGUAUUAGGUACAGGUGUGUACUGACAAUCUAUAAUGAUCUGUGAAUAACUUCUUUUACCAAUAGGAUGUGCCCUGUUCAGCAAUUUUUUUUAGAAUUGCAGACCUUCUGCUCUCCUCCACUGCAUUUUUAACCAACCAUGCUCCCAUAUUGCUUCUUCAUUGGUCUUUGCACCAUAAAACAGCUAUCGAAGAUGUCGAAAAAUAGAUUAUCUGAUCUAGAAUCUUGCGAUUAUAUCAAUUGACUGCACAUGAAAUUUUAGAAUCAGAAUCUGUCAUGUUUCAGUUGCAGCUAGAAUAGUUUGCCAUAUUAGAGACACAAACAGGUUCAGUUAACCCAUAUUGAAUUCUAUCCUUAACAUCGGAGCCGGUUGAUAGAGUGGUUCCAAUUGUGGGAAGUCGAAGGGCUAUGCCCAAGUUGAACUCUAUGAUCCAAUUGUGGAUGAAAGGCAAAUUCUUAACUGAGUGCUAUUGGCUGUGAGAUCAAGAAAUGCUUGCAUGACUUAUAAACUCGACAUGUAAAAUGCCAAAACUUAGAUUGCUCCUUUGGAGCUAUGUGAUUGAUUGUGUUUUACCAUUUGGCAGAAAUUUUGGUCCUUAAUUUCUAGCUAGUCAAAGCAUCAACCUGUUCUGAGGAAGCUUAAAGUUGGUUUUUCUUAUUCAUUGCCUUAACUACAUUUAAUACCAAAAAAAAGGAAAUUGUGAACAGCAUAUGGUUUUAUAUUCACACUCAUGUGUGGAUAGUAAAUGAUUGUGAAAAUCUCUCUGAAUAGUGGGUCAUAGCAGUUAUAAUAUUUCGUAUUUCUUUUUUGACAUUGUUACCUCUAUAUGCUGCCAAAUUUUGUGGUUACAGGAUAUUAUUUAGAACUAUUUCUUCAAGGCUGACUAGGUGGCUGUUGUACUCUUGAUCAAUGAAUAUGCAUGGAAGUACUUUGCUGUGAUCACCUACCAUUGGGUUAGAAAGGUCAUGCGAAAUUGCAUUUGAUGUAAAGAUCAGUAUUUUUAACUUUUUAGCAUAUGCUUUAUCUUUUAUAAUUUUGAAGUGGUUUCAUGCUUAAUGUGUGAUUUUGGAAGAAGUGAAAAGGUUUGAUGGACCUCAGAAAUUUCAAUAAUUAAUAACUGUAGUGUGUCUAAUCUUUCGAUAGUUUGGUUCAGUCCCCCUCAUAGUGCUUCAAAUUAGCUCAGGCCACUCAACAAUAGUAACACAAUAUUGGGAAGGAGUGGGGGGCGAGUACUUGGCUUGAUUUUAUUAUUAAGUUCUAAUGUGGCAAAUUCAUGCUUACCAAGCCCAUACAUGGCUUCUGUUACCACUAUCUCUUUACCUUUUCCAUGUCUAUUGUUGUGAUGAAAAGAUUAAAAGAUUUAUGGAUAUCUUGUAUAAAAUGAUUGGAAGACGAGCAUGAACAUUUCCCUUACCAGUUUUAGAUGUGUAGAACUUAAAGCGAAGGGGCGAAUGUGUAUUAUGGAGCUUGCAUACAUUGUUAUGGAGAUUAUUUGAGGCACAUCUCUGGUGAAAAGGCACUAAUGCUAAAUAAAUGGAAGAGAAUUAUGGUUGAAAUGUAGGAAUUCGGGAUUUUCAAGCCGCUAGGUUUGUUGUGAUGAGAUAAUAACUGGGGAGUGGUUUCUCAUACAGACUCUACCAUGUUGGAAACAAUGAAAUUCAUUCUUCACCUUCCAAGGGUUCUAAGAUCAAUGGAAUGGUAACUUUGAAAUUUAGAUUCUAUAUACAGGUUCUUGAUGAAUGUCUUGUGAACUUGGAAUUUUCACAUCCUAUUUACAAGAACAUCUUUUGACUAAGGUCUUCAGUACGCAGGAGAUAAUGUAUCUUUAGCUUUCCACACAUGACAAAACUACUUUGUCAAGGAUAAGGGGUCUUUUAUUUUACAAUUACAGGAAUUAAGUACUUAAAAAAAGAAACCUUUAGUUUCUUAAUUUACCUGCUUUGAUACCCUGACAAGUUAAAUGCGCACUAAACUUUAGGCAUGAUGGUGUCUUUUUUCCUCUUUUUUAAGAUCAUGCUUGAAAAUGCAUUAUAGAGAACCUUUUUAUCAACAAAAGUUUAAUUGGGAUACGAUCUUAUGGGUGCCUUUGCUAUACGAAAACAGUGUAAAAUGGGAUGAUCAAGAGGUAAGUUUUCACCCCCCAGUUUUGAGAAAGAGCACUCUGAAGCCUCACAAUCAUUAUGUAUAAUAGUAGAUGAUUUGCCUUGCUAUAUUAGAGUAGUUGCUGAUCCUCCAUCAUCUGAAGGUACAAGGAAAGCUGCAAUAGAUGAUUCAUUGGGAAAUAUGGCAGCAAGGAAACAUUAGGAAAACGUUUAUGGAUGAGUCAAGGAUCUUAGCUUUUAUGAAAUGAAUAAUCAAACUACUAACAAAGUGGAAGUUAGGGAAUUAUGUAAGCUAAGUUGGACUAGUCAAACCAUCGACACCGAUAUUUUUCAAGGUUGAGAAUCUUGGGGUUUCACACUAAUUAGAGUAAAAUAUUGCCUAUCCACUUUGUAUUCAUGUUCAGUCACCAAGUAAAAUUCACUAUCUGAUCUAGCUGUGAGAUCGAGUGGGUGCGAAGCAUGGUAAAACCAUUGAUCUAUAUAUGUGAAAUAAUUUCCAAUAUUUGUACUAUAAUUAACCUUUUAUCAAUAAAUUAGCUACCUUCAGUGGUAAAAAAAAUUACCCCUUAUGUUAGUAUGUGUUUUAUUUUCCUUGGAUUUUUUACAUAACAAUAUUUCAUGUGAUAUUCAAGUUAACAGUCCAGAUCUUUGUUCUUACACAAGCAAUAUCAUAUUGUCUUUGCAUUUUAUGCAGCUCAAAUCGAUUGACAUCCUCUUUUUACGACUUUUACUCUAUUUUGAUGAUUAAUUGUCUUGUCAUCCUCAUUAAGAAAACCAUAUUUUAUUUUAUGGAUCACCAUUAUGCAGAGGGCUUGUGUUGAUGCAUUAUCACUAUGGAGAGCCAUUCGAGACCUUGAACACAAUUAUGGAUGUUGCAUGAGUAUUUUGUCUUGAGAUUAGAGGUGUUUUUUAUCUUUAAACCCAAAACUCUAUUCGAAAAUGGUCAAAACAUUUCAAAAAUCUCAAUGGCCAAAACUAACAAACAUUAAUCACUACUAUUGGUUGGCUUCAUUUGUCCUUUUUGUCCAUUUAUUCCUAUUAAGAGGUGCUCCAUUAGCACCGUCAGCUUCUCCAACUUUUAUCAUACAUGAUCUUAAUUAAAAGUGUUGACUAUUUGGAAGACUGGGUAUCUUUAGGGGUGGCAUAAUUUGGGCCAACCUGACAUGGACCAGGUAAGCUCAGGUCCGCAUCAGGUCAAUUAGAUAAAAUUUGUGAAUGUCACAACCUGAUUUAAGCCCUUAUGUUGGGUAUCCCACAUGAACAAAUUGAUGUACAAUAUUAUGAGGUAGUAGAAGAAAAUGGUGCACAAUUGAUCUUAUUAUUCACUAUCAUUUAUGUACAACAAACAUUUAUCUUUGUGGUUGUGAUAUAAAAAUUGAUUGAGGAAUUUUCGUUAAAAAAGGUAAUUUGGGACUAUAAAUGACAUCGAUCCAGCCUCAAUAAAUUUAAUUUGUAAGCUAUUUUAUGAUGUAAGAUGAACUUCAUGCUGAAAGUUUUCAAGAUUCUAAUAAGUCUAGCUGUCAUGGCCUAUGGACCAUCCAAUAUCGGAAAUGGAAGUUCUCAACAAAGUUUAUCUAAUAUUUGAUUGUAAAUUUUAUAGAAAUUGUUUGGUAGAAGAAAUUUGUUGAAUUUUACUUCAUCUGCAUGGUGCAGAGUAUAUCUUAUGUUAUAUAAUAACUUGGUCAUUUAUGUAAGGAUCUUAGAGCAAGUAUUACUUUGUGUACCUUGGUAUCUCCCUUGUUAGAAUUAUCAAUUAUGCUGAUGUUUCUUAUAGCUUUUACAAUUGCACUAGACUAACUUGUGUCCUUGGUUCUGUUACAUCAAAAUUUAUUUCCAAAUCUGAUCGAGAAUUUACACGACUGUUAUUUUAAAAAAAAAUCAGGGCAAUGUGGAUCGUUAUGUUAUUAGCGUAUCUAUUGUUUUUAUUAUCUAUUUGAUUUGAAUAUAUUCAAUUUUGCUUAUCUGCAACUAGAAGAGAUGUCAAUUUCUUUCUGUCUACAUCUGGAGACCCCCAUUCUUGUGCAUUGGCUGAUCUUCUUUCAAACUUUGAGCUAGUAAGUGGUUAUCUUGGAUGCACAGUCCGAUGCUCGUAUUCUGAGUUGAGGAGGACUUUCUUGGCAGGGAUGCACUGAAAAAAGAAAAUUGUGACUGUAGUGUCAUGGAUACUGCUGAAAAAACUUUGGCUAAAACCCUGUACUAUUGUUUAUUGUAACCAGAUCUGGAACUGUUUUGAGUGUUUCUAUAUGUUGUUCUCUGGGUUUGAAUGUUCUAUCAAAAGCUGCACUUAUGUUGUAGGGUUACAGUGGGACUACAAUGUGUCCCAUGUAUUGAUGAUGGAGGUCACUUUUGGAAGCAUUGCUGGGGAUGAUGCAACUCUGGUCGGAUUGAAAUCCUGGAAUUUCUUUACAUCUGUGCUUUUUGUCUUGCUAUAUCUGUGAAUAUAACCAGUUGAUCAGUUGAUAAAUUUUUAGGUUGUCAAAAUCUGCACUUGAUGUUACAGAGUCAUGGGGCCAUUGCUAGUUGAGUUAUAUUGUGAUGUGGGCAUUUUCAGAAGCAUUCCCACAUUGUAUUUUUGCUUGGAUAUUCAUGAAACAGAACUCUGGAAUUUCUUCUC